AUGAAUUCGACCCAGACCAAGGCCGACGACUCAACCGAGACCUACCCCCAGUCCACAGAUCUGGCCCGGUACGAUCUAGUGGUCAUUGGUGCCGGCAGUGGCGGCGUCGCCUGCGCCAAACGCGCCAGCAGCCACGGCGCCCGCGUCGCCGUCGUGGAGGCUGGUGCCUUCGGCGGCACAUGCGUGAACGUGGGCUGCGUGCCGAAGAAGAUCAUGUGGUGGGCCAGCCAGGCGCGCGAGUUCCUGCAGGAGGCGCACCAUUACGGUCUCACGCCGUCUGCGCAGGACACGUGUGCAAACACGUGUGCAAACACGUGUGCAGACAAGUGCGCAGACACGUGUGCAGACACGUGUGUAGACAAGUGCGCGCCCGCCGGUGGACUGGCGGCGCCGGCGGUAGACUGGGCGUACCUGAAAUCGCGUAGGGACGCGAGCGUGCAGCGUCUGAACGGCAUCUACGAGCAACAACUGCGCGCACACGGCAUCGACAUCUACCGCGGCACGGCCAGCAUCGAGACCGCCGGAGACGCCCCGUUGGUGGGGGAUGCAGAGGCCCCAGCGUCGGCGCUUAAAUCGUCGGCGCUUAAAUCGUCGGCGCGUUGGGUGGUGCGGGUGAAGGGAAAGGCGACGACGGGUGGAGUGCCGGAAGUGCGCUUGUGUGCGGAACGUGUGGUUGUGGCCGUGGGGAGUCGGAGCAAGAAAUUGGGUGUGCCCGGAGAGGCAACGGUGGCGGUGGGUAGUGACGGUUUCUUCGCGUUGGAGCGGCGACCUGAGAAGGUAGCGGUGGUAGGAGCGGGUUAUAUUGCAGUGGAAUUUGCGGGUGUUUUGACUGGAUUGGGAUGCGAGACACAUUUGUUUCUGCGGCAUGAGAAAGUGUUGCGCAGUUUUGAUGAGAUGCUAUCGACGAAGUGCACCGAGUUCCUUGAACGCCAGGGCUGUCAUUUGCACCGAGGUGCCCAAGUAGAGGAGUUUAUUGUUGAUGCAAAUGGCAAACAGAUCCGACUUAAGGAUGGCCGAACUUUCGACCACUUCGAUAGUAUCAUUGUAGCCAUCGGUCGCGAACCCAACACCGAUGCGCUUGGCCUCGAUGCACUGAAUGUACGCUGCGAUUCCGCCGGACACAUCCAAGUAGAUGAUUUCCAAAACGUCUGCUUUGGACAAGACAACCACGCUAAAGACAACCACGCUAAAGACGACCACGCUAAAGACGACCACGCGACAAAUGUCUCGGACGUGGGCCCGGCCGUGGGAGCGGAUACAGGGCUGUACGCAUUGGGUGACGUUAUUGGACGAGUGGAGUUGACGCCUAUGGCAAUUGCAGCGGGACGACGGUUGGCGGAUCGUUUGUAUUUGGAGGGGUUUGAGGCGGCCAAGGUGGCGUACGAAGACGUGCCGACAGUAGUGUUCAGUCACCCACCUAUCGGCACAGUGGGACUGAGUGAAGCCCAGGCGCGUGAACGGUUCGGUAAUGACGAUGUACUGGUAUACACAAACACCGCAGUGAACUUAUACUACAAUGUCUUCGACGUGAUACCAACAGAGAAACCCAAAACCUACAUCAAACUUGUCUGCGUUAAACACCUUCAUGAACAAGUUGUUGGCAUACACGUCAUUGGCAUGGGAGCCGAUGAGAUCAUCCAGGGCUUCGGACUCGCCCUCAAGUUGCACGCAACCAAAAAUGACCUUGACAACGUCGUCGCCGUGCACCCAUCUGCAGCCGAGGAAAUCGUCACUUGCGCUCCCUGGGGCCUCCCACACCCAGACAAUGACCUCCGCCGUAUUCAAAGCAAAUUCCACGACGAAGAAAUCGCCAACAAGGACAGCAGCACCACCACUACCUGGCCAUAG